AUGAUGAGCAACAACGAAGAACUUGACAGUCAUUCUAGUACCAUCACAAAUGUGGCAACUACUCCUACAAUAGUAGUUUCUCCUAAAGUAGCACCUUUGCUCACUCCUGGAGGAACAAAAGAAUGGCUUCCAAUAUGCCCCAAUGAGUUGAAACCAGCUAUAGGGAUGAAGUUUAAUAAUCUUGAAGAGGGCCUUGAAUUUUAUAAAAGAUACGCAUUUGUUGUUGGAUUCAACACAAGAAAGUCUACAAUUAAAAGGCAAAGAAGAAGCAAAGAAUUGAAAUCACAGUAUAUCUUAUGCAAUAAAGAAGGAUACAAAGAGAAAAGAAAGCCUACUGUUGAAAAAGAUUUAAAUAACAACGAAGGAGAAAGCAAUGAAGAAAAAACUUCAAUCAAAAGGAAGAGACUUGUUACUCGUGUUGGGUGCAAGGUGAAUAUUGGUCCUGUUGCAACUUUUCGAAUGAUGAAGGAAAUUGUUGGAGGAUAUGAUAACAUCGGAGCAUCUAAGAAAGAUUUCAAAAAUUUUCAUAGAAAUUUGAAAGCAUACAUUCAAGGAAGUGAUGCUCAAAUGUUCGUGGAUAACUUUACCAACAAAAAGCUAAUGUGGAGCGCUUUUUUCUUUGAUUUUGAGAUGGAUGAAGAUUAUUGCCUUUGUAGAGCAUUAUGGGAUGACCCCCUUUGUAAAAAGAGUUACGCUCUUUUUGGUGAUAUGGUAUCCUUUGAUACCACAUACCAAACCAAUAGAUUCUAUUACAGAUUGUACAACUUGGUGUUUACUCCAUUUACAGGGGUUGACCAUCAUAAGAGCUGCAUUACUUUUGUUGUUGGUUUCAUAGCAAAGGAAGAUAUAGUGUCAUUUGAGUGGUUGUUCAGAUCAUUUCUCAAAGCAAUGGGUGGAAAUGAACCGAAUUGUAUGAUUACAGAUCAAGAUCCAGCAAUGAAAAUUGCUGUUAAAAGUGUGUUUAACAAGACUGAACAUCGGUUCUGUAUGUGGCACAUAAUGAAAAAGUUACCAGAUAAGGUGGAGAAAUCAAUCAUGCAAGAAGAAAUUGGUUUCCUAAAAAAAUUAUGUACUUGUGUUUGGCAUCUUGAAAUUGAACCUGCUGAGUUUGAAAAAAGGUGGAACAAGGUGAUGGUUGAAUACCACUUGAAAGAACAUGAGUGGUUAGGUUAUAUGUACAAGAUAAGGAACAAGUGGAUUCCGGCGUAUUUCAGAGAUGUGUUCCUUGGAGGAAUAAUGCGUACAACAUCAAGAUCCGAAAGCGAAAACAACUUUUUUAGCUCCUUUAUCAAUCCUCAUGUGUCACUUGUUGAGUUUUACUUGAGAUAUGAAGCUGCAAUUGAUGCCUAG